CUAAGUAAUCAAUAUGGCGUCGCUUCAGCAGGAAGACAUCAAUUUUAGAAUGCAAUUUUCAUCUUUUUUGUGUUAUUAUUGCGGUAAUUGUUUUAUGGAUAUUGUUGAUAUGCCUCAUUAUGGCUGAAGAUAAAGAAAUACAGUCUACAGAUGAGCCUGUGGGCCUUAAUCUCAGUGCUGUUGCUAGGUUGUUAAUGACAUCAUCAACAACAGUGAGAACGACAGACGGGGAAGAUGAAGAACGGAAUGAAAACCGUCCAAAUUCUCCACCACCUCCAGUAACCUCAGCAACACCACCGUUAACAAAUGUAAUCACAGCAGCUACUACAUCUACAGCAACAGUAACCUCAGUACCAGAUGAAGCACCAGAUCGUCUUAAUGAAGGACAAACAUCAGAUGCCGAGACUGAUAUUGUUGUUGAUGAUUGUCAAUCACCAACUGAUCUGACCAUAUUACAGUCAGAUCUCUCACCAGACAGCUAUGAUUAUACACCACUGGGCUAUACAACAUCCGGCGGAUAUUAUAAAUGCAGAUUCUGUAGCUUUAUGACCAUGACUUACACUCAUCUUCAACUGCACAUGCCUAAACAUGGCGGUAAGAAUUAUACAUGUCAUAAAGCCCUCAAGUGUCCAAUGUGUGAUUAUACCACUAAUGAUAAAAGUAAUUUUCGGCGACAUAAAAGACUUCACAAUCGCUCAAAUCCUGCUACAGUGUUACGGUGUGGUAAAUGUGAGUUUACGACGGUGUUACCACGUAAAAUACGUGAACAUUAUUGUCAUGAACAUAAUGAGGAUUAUGGACCCAUCAUGCCUCAGAUAGCUACAAGCGCUUCUAUAGUUAUACCCACAUAUCAAGAAAAUCACUUUAAUGGCUCGCGACAUAUUGACAUUGCACAAGGUCAUUGCUCUUCAACUGGUCUAGGUCAAGGUCACUGUACUGUGUCUGUUGGUUCGUCAGGUAUCCACUCUCUGUUGACCUCGGGACAGGGACCUUCGGUACAAUUUGCACGUGCCAAUCCCAUAAUGCCAAAUUGUGUUAAUCAAUAUUCCUACGAUUCGCCCAGUCAUCGUGUUCACGAAGACCGAACCAUAGCUUCAGAUUAUUUACGUUCGAUUGUCUCUAAUAUUAUCCCGACCCCACGUGUUCCCGCCACCAGUACCAUCACAUCAUCUAGUUUUUAUCUCCCACAUGCGGUCGAAUCAUCCCAAGACAUGUCACCCACAGGUCAAAAAGCCGUUUCGUCUAAUAGAUCGUACCAAAUCGAAGAAGACGAUCAACAGAAAAUCAAAUUUAAAUCCGAGCCGUUUGAUAGCGAUGAUGUUUCGGACGUGUCGAGUUCCGCUAUCCCACUUGUUAUUCACUCACGAGAAAUACCUCGUCCCAUGGAGGCACAAACAACGCAAAGACUUUCUAUAGAUAUUUACGAUGGGAAUAUAUAUCAGGAACACAGUAACGAAGAAACCUCAUCAUCCAAUCAAAUUUACACGGAGAACAUGCGGCGUAAAUAUCCACGAGGCAGCAACAUCAGUCAUAAUAUCAGCAUCAAAUGUGAGACAUCACACGUUGGCGUUCAGUGUUCAUUGCCUGUCAUCAAACGAGAGAUGGUGGAGACUGAGGGCAGAAGGGGAGAUAGAAAUACUAAUACCGUGCUAUACAAUAGGGGUGUGCAAUGUGAACUCUUGACUCCACGAAGGGGUACAAACUCGCGUUCAACAAACGAACCUGGGGGCAGCGAAUCACAGACAUCUGACACCCGGUGCAGUCACUGCGGAAUAACUUUUGACGAUGAAGUGCUCUUUUCUAUACAUAUUGGCUGCCAUUCGCAUACGGACCCAUUUGUCUGUAAUGUAUGCGGCAAACAGUGCUCUAAUAAAUAUGGGUUUUAUUCCCACAUCAUGCGUGGUCAUCAGUGCUGAUCAGCUGAAGAGGUCAGAUCAUCUUAGUCACGGUUGGUUGGGUUCAUCUUCACAAUAUCAACGUAUUAUCACUCGUUAGUUUCGUAAACCACAGGAGGACAUCAGUAACCUAGGCAACCUUCGGAUGUAGAUUAUGGUUAAGACUAGCAUCCGUUUCCGGCCCAUUUUUAGAGGUACGAUCUACAUGUCCAGCACAAAAUUCAAAAUGUCAGUUACUGUCAGGUAUACAAAUGUACUUUUAACUAAAAUCAUUAUUUUCAGCCCUGACAUAUAGUUGACUACAAAAAAAAUAAUUUUACAAUGUCUUUUCUAAAACUUUUACACAAAAAGUUGUCAAUGUUAUUUUUGAUAUUUUAAGUACAUAUAUGUACAUAUCCUGCCACAUGGAGAUCAUCAAAAAUGGACAGCAUUUUAAAGAUUUAACAUGUUACUUUUCUUCAAUUUCUAAGUCAUAAACUUUCGUUGAAUUUAAUGUUAAUUUUUCAGUCUUGACUAAGAUGGCUAGUCCACUUUAAGUAUAUUCUUAUUAUAUUAUUGUUAGGCCAGACCCAAAAAUACUUUUUUCCACAUUGUAUAUUCUUUAGACCGAAUCUUUAAACACUGUUGAGUGGACGUUAAACCCCAUUUCUCUCUCUCUCUCCAACCUCGUGGGUUUUCUCCGGGUCCUCCGGUUUCCUCCCACUGCUAAAGACCCCUACGCGCAAGCGAAUUAUUGAAAUAAAAUUAAAAACCAUAUGUUAGUCCCGAAAUGACCUAGUUUGUGUCGAGUGGACGUUAAACCCCAUUUCUCUCUCUCUCUGCACAUUAAACACAACAAUUAUUUUGCAAGAAUUUGGAGACGAGCUUCAAAACCAAAAUGAACGAUAUCAUCUUUACAGUGCCCUACGCUAGAAAGUUAAUGACAUUGUUUUGGAAACGUGUCCGAACAAGGUAUAAUCAAUAUUUUUUUAGAAUCAUUUGAGUAACUGGAUAGAGCAAUAAACUAUAAUUUAUAUUUAAUAUAUGGAAAAACAGCUACUAACAUACAUGUAUUUAUUUGAGAUUUUGAAGAGUAUUCUCUAAACAUUAUCAAGUAAUCAAAUAACACACUAUUUAUGGAUAACAAUUACUAUGGUUUAUUUCACUGUGUCGUUUCAACAAGAUUUCACAAGUCCUUAUCAAGCAUAUAACACAGAUCAACGUGUGAAAUCUUGUAGUGAAAUACACCAUAGUAAUUGUUAUCCAUAAAUAGUGUGUUAUUUGAUUACGUUCCAAUUACUAAAUGCCAUUCAAAUAAUAUUAUCAAGUAAUGUUUUUCCACAAGUAUGUGUUACAGUUUAAGGUAUAAUCAAUGACAAAAUGUGGAAAAUAGGAUUGCCUGUCUGAAAAUAGGAUUUCUGGUCCAGAAAAUAAGAUUUCAGGUCCAGAAAAUGUAAGUGGAAUAUAAUAUAUUUUGGUCUGGUCUAUAUGUUAUUAUUAUAUAGUGUUAGAUAUUUUGAAAG